AUGUCAGACCUCAAGGCAACCGUCAGUGAGACCCCUCAGGGGUUCCAUGUAGAAGGUUACGAAAAGAUUGAGUACGACUUUACCUUUGUGGACGGCGUUUUCGACGUCAACAACCCGGGCCUAGCCAACUGUUACAAGAAAUGGGGUCGCGUCCUGGCCGUCACCGACAAGAACAUCUUCAGCAUCUACGGCAAGCGGAUGGAGGCCUACUUUCGGCACUAUGACCUAGACCUUAGCGUCAAGCAGACCUCCAUCGGCGAGAAGGCCAAGACCAUUGACACUUAUCUGAGCAUCUGCGAUGCCAUGACCGACUUUGGAAUUAUCCGCAAGGAACCCGUCCUUGUGGUGGGUGGAGGGCUGGUCACGGAUGUGGCAGGAUUCGCCUGUGCAUCAUACCGUCGCAACACCAAUUUCAUCCGCAUCCCCACCACAGUCAUCGGCCUCAUCGACGCCAGUGUCAGCAUCAAGGUGGCCGUCAACCAUGGCCGCUACAAGAACCGCCUGGGCGCCUACCACGCACCCAUACACACCUUCCUCGACUUUACAUUUCUGCGCACUCUUCCCAUCUCCCAGGUUCGCAACGGCUUUGCUGAGCUGAUCAAGAUCUCGAGCUGCGCCCACCUGCAAGUGUUUGACCUGCUCGACAAGUACUGCGAGCAGCUCAUCGAGUCCAAGUUUGGCCGGGCGGAUGGUGCGCCGGCCGAGGUGCGCAGCGCUGCCGAUAUUAUUAAUCGCGAGGGAAUCUUUGAGAUGCUCAAGCUCGAGUCGCCCAACCUGCACGAAAUCGGCCUGGACCGCGUCAUUGCCUACGGCCACACCUGGUCUCCCUUGCACGAGCUCAUGCCCGAGACGCCUCUGCGCCACGGUCACGCAAUCUCGAUUGACAUGGCGUACACGGCCACCCUCGCCAACACCCAGGGCAUGCUCAAGGACGCCGAGCACAGGCGCCUCUUGGACCUGUUUAGCCGUGCCGGUUUAUCCAUCGACCACCCGAUGUUCGACGAGGAGGUGCUCGAGAAGGGCACCGCUGCCAUCCUCAAGACCCGCGACGGCAAGCUGCGCCUGGCCGUGCCCAAUCCGCUCGGCAGCUGUACGUUCCUCAAUGACUUGUCGGCUGAGACGCUGAACGACGCGCUCAAGAAGCACAAGGCCAUCUGCAAGACGUACCCCCGCGGAGGCGAGGGCCUCGAGGCCUACGUGGACGCGAGCGACACUGGUUAUACGGAUAACGCCACCGAAGACCUGUCCGUCGAAGCUGCUGCCGCGCAGGCUGGUGUCAUCAGCGAGCCGCAGGCUGUUAAUGGCGGCUUGAAGGAUGUCAACGGCCACGGCAACAAAACUGUCAAAAAUGGUGUCGUGCCCAAUUUUGGCGCUAUCAAGACUGGAAUUGACGUUAACGGCCACGGUUUGAACGGGCUAGAGCAGAAGCCACUGGUUGACGGCGUCAAGUCUGGCUAUUGA